CAGUUUUGCUACAAAGGAGGAAUUAUCAGAAAAUACCAAAAGUAUGAAUGAAGUUAAUACCAAAGUCAAAGAAGCAAUUGCUGAGACCAAUAAGAGUAUGGAAAUUGUAGAGAAGGAUAUUAUUAGAACUCUUAAUAACUCAAUCUCAACUAUCUCUUCUAAAAUCAUGAAAGAAGUUCAAUUUAAAUUGAAUAACAAAGAAGCAGUUACUAUGGAAGAGCUUGAAGAGAAACUGAAACAUAAAGUUGGUAAUGCGGAAUUUAUGCAUGAACUUGAUUUAAAAUCUAAUAAAAAUGACACCAAUACUGCUAUGAACUCUAUUGAAAUAUUGCAUAAGCAGAAUAAAAAUAUUUGCGGAAUUGUAAUGGAAGCUCUAAAGCAAGCUGCAGAUUACUUUAUAAAUACUGAUGAAAGCGAAAAGACACUUUACGAAAAGAGGGCUCAGCUUCAUAAACAUGCUUUAAGAGUAUCAAAAUGGGUGGAUAUGUUCAGUCCAAAUGAUAUCAGCAUUCUCCAGAAGGAAUAUAAAGAUCUCAACUCAAUUUUUACUCAUAGAAGCAAUAAAAAUCAUUCUAAACGAAAGUGUAAAAGAAGACUGAAUCUCAGUGAGAAUUUUGAGAGUCAUGGAAAUAAACUUUCACCUGAUAAUCUGAUGACAAAGUCUUGAAAAAAUGGGAUACUCAAUCAGAGUACAGAGAGUAAACAGAAAAUAUUAAAUACAGAAAGAGAUGAAGUUGAGGACCUUCUUAGCGCACUUCCAUCUGUAAAGAAUAUCAAUAAAUCCUUAAUAAUGCAGAAUAUUAUUGCUCCUAAGACUAAAAGAAAGGUUGCUAAUUCAAUUCAAAUAAACAAGAAACAAUUGUUUAAAAUCCAAAAGAGAAAUCAGAUAUUCAGAAAUCAUAAAAGAAGUAUAUGACUACAAGAAGAUUUAGACAACCAGAGUCUUAUUAAAACAAAUCAGGCACCCUAAAUCCCAUGAAUUAUUUCAAUAAUUGUUACCAAAAUCUUCUUAAUAAAAUCUAAAACACUCAACCCCAUUUUACCAGCAUUCAACUUCCAUAAACUCAAAUUCUUAAUAUC